AUGGUGGGCGUGACCAGGUUCCCGAUUGCUAGAGGUCAUGAUGGCGAAGUUGUGUGCAGGACAGCCCUGGGAGGCCGGGUAGGCCCUGCCACAGUUGCUGGCCUGGGCAAAGCCCUGCAGGACACUGUCCUUCCUGAUAUUCACCCUGCACACUGUGCUGCAGGAAAGACACCGCCUUCUUACUCUGUGACGCAGACACGGUGUGGGGCACAUCAACAGCGCUCAUGUGUUCACGAAUCGGAAUCAGUGUCAUUCAAAGAUGUGACUGUGGACUUCAGUCAGGAGGAGUGGCAGCACCUAGAUUCUGCUCAGAAGACUCUAUACAUGGAUGUGAUGUUAGAAAACUAUUGCCAUCUCAUCUCCAUGGGAUGUGACAUGACCAAACCUGAUGUGAUCCUCAAAUUAGAACAAGGAGAAGAGCCCUGGACCUCAUCUGCAGGUCAUGUCCUGCUUAGAAAGUCAGUUUUGAUUCUGCAUCAGGGAACUCACACAGGAGAGAAACCCUUUGUUUGUAAUGAGUGUGGUAAGUCCUUCCGCCUAAAGACAGCACUCACUGAUCAUCAGAGAACACAUAAAGGAGAGAAGUCAUAAGAAUGUCCACAAUGUAGAAAUGCCUUCAGAUUGAAGUCACACCUCAUUUGUCAUCAGAGAACUCACACAGGAGAGAAACCAUAUAAGUGUAACGACUGUGGAACGUCCUUCCGCCAGAAGGUAACUCUUCUACAUCAGAGAAUUCAUACAGGGGAGAAACCUUAUAUUUGUAAAGAAUGUGGAAAGUCCUUUUACCAGAAGGCAAACCUUACUGUACAUCAGAGAACUCAUACAGGGGAGAAGCCCCAUAUUUGUAAUGAAUAUGGUAAAUCCUUCUCCCAGAAGUCUACCCUUGCUCUUCAUGAGAAAACUCACAACGAGGAGAAACCUUAUAUUUGUAAUGAAUGUGGAAAGUCUUUCCGCCAGAAGACAACCCUUGUAGCACAUCAAAGAACACAUACAGGGGAGAAAUCUUAUGAAUGUCCUCACUGCGGGAAAGCUUUUAGAAUGAAAUCAUACCUCAUUGAUCAUCACACAACUCACACAGGAGAAAAACCAUAUGAAUGUAAUGAAUGUGGGAAAUCAUUUAGUCAGAAGACAAAUCUCAAUCUACACCAGAGAAUUCAUACAGGAGAGAAACCCUAUAUCUGUAAUGAUUGUGGGAAGUCCUUUCGCCAGAAAGCAACCCUGACUGUACAUCAGAAAAUACACACAGGUCAGAAAUCCUAUGAAUGUCCUCAAUGCGGGAAAGCCUUUAGCAGGAAGUCUUAUCUCAUUCAUCAUCAAAGAACUCACACGGGAGAAAAACCAUAUAAAUGUAAUGAAUGUGGAAAGUACUUCCGCCAGAAGACAAAUCUUACUGUAUAUCAAAGAACUCACACAGGGGAGAAACCCUACAUUUGUAAUGAGUGUGGUAAGUCCUUCAGUUAUAGGAGAAGCCUCAUUGUCCAUCAGAGAACGCAUAAGGGAGAAAACAUGGAAAUGCAAUAAAUAAAGUGGUUUCUUUAUGAAGUCGUUCCAAGUUAACAUAAACGUUUUAAAAAGAAAAGCAUGCUUAAACAUGUUGAUGUAAUUUUAAUCACAAAUGUAAUAACAGUCUUUAAAGUUCCACACCAUAAAUCUACUGUUUACUAGCAAAAGAAAUGGGUGUGAUCCCAAUUGUUAUUGGGAUGUCAGCUCUGACACUCAUUUUCAGUUUGUAACUGUACC